UCACCCGCCCAAAUCCCUCCCUUCCCCUCAUCGUCUUCCCCACGAUACCAGCGCCCAACACCCACCCACCCCUUUCCUUGUGUGUGGCCUACCAUUCUUGGCACCGCCCAACCUCUCCUGGCCUCUCUCCCCUGCACCGCCCAUCUACUGAGUCAGCGAACGACGACGUGCGGCCUCCGCUCAGCCGCCCAGCUCCGGCCUACUUCCCUUGUCGCCGCCCUUUACUAGCCUCUCUCUGUCUCCCUCGCAGUUUAUAUCCAUUAAAUUUUGGCGUAUCAACAUCUAGGGGAGGAAAACAUUCCCAAGUUUACUGUGAUUGUGGCUCAGAAAAAUCAUCACACAAAGUUAUUUCAAGCUGGCGGUGCCAACAAUAAUGUCCCACCAGGGACUAUCGUGGACACUGGAAUUGUGCACCCAAGGAACUAUGAUUUCUAUCUGUGCUCUCAUGCUGGGAUGAUUGGAACUUCUAGGCCAGCACACUAUCAUGUCCUAGUUGAUGAAAUUGAUUUCUCUCCUGAUGACUUACAAAACCUUAUCCAUUCCUUAUCUUACGUGUACCAAAGGAGCACAACUGCAAUUUCAAUAGUUGCUCCAAUAUGUUAUGCCCAUCUUGCUGCAUAUCAAAUGGGCCAGUUCAUCAAGUUUGAGGAUUUAUCAGAUACUUCUUCAGGACAGAAAACUGUUACUUCUUCGGGUAUCAUUCCUGUUCCAGAUCUCCCUAAGUUGCAUGACAAUGUUAAGGGAUCUAUGUUCUUUUGCUGAGGUGUUGUGGAUAGCUUUUGGCGGACAUAUUUUGACUUUCAUUUUGACACAAGAAAAGGUCUUUGAAAACGUACAUAUUACAUAGACGGGGAAAACGACAGAUGGGUUCUUUAGGUGAGUAGUGAAAUAGGAAAUACUCGAAAUAAUAGUUUAGUUGAGUUGUGGACUCUUUGAGAUGCACAGUGCUUUCAACAAAUAGUUAACUUUAUGUUUAGGAAUUAAGUUAUCUGAACAAUCGGUUACCCAAGAAAAGUUUUAACCAUAUAAUCUUGCUACCUACGUCCUCAGUCUUCAAAGUACCAAGUCUUGAGUUCAACUAACAGAUCAAGCUAUUACAAUAGACUUUUCCAAAUGCUCUAUUCCAUCGGUGCCAACCUCACCAAUACAAAUGAUAUAGAAGUUUAAGUACAAUAAUACACCCUCUCGUAAGAUGAUGAAUACAAAAUAAAAACCUAGAGAGAAAUGCACACAAAUGAAUAAUCACAAUCUUCGCUCAUGUGUUUGAAAAGAUUUACACUAGAAAAGAAUUUGGAACACUUUUAGCUAGCUUAAUAGUAAUAUAUCUGAUAGAAGCUUACACACCCCAUUUGGAAAAAAGCAAUUAACUACAAAAAAAAUGUGGUUCAACUUGUGGUUUUGAAGCCAUGAAUUUAUUCUGAAGGAAACAGAGUUCAUAGCCUCUUUUCAUUUUCUAUGUUUUUCAGCCAUGUUUAUAUGUUUAGCUUGUUUGGACUCUUGAACUCACAAUCACCAAAGGGGCUGAUGCUUAAUGGUUGUCAAUUUCUAUCUUAAAUGUCACUAUUUUUUAGGUAAGUUCAAUA